AUGCUACAGAUUGGAGCUCUGGCAGAUUACUUCAGGUCGAAUUCCAUUAAUUUCGACCGCGUUUUCGCAUCUGAUCUAAGCAGAGCACGCAACACAGCUCUCGGAAUCUGCCAAAAACAGCUACAUAAUCAGCAUGGGGAGCCAUUCUUGACGCCUAUUAUCUCUGCUGACCUACGAGAACGAUCGUACGGAUCCUUAGAAGGAAAGCCCUGGCAGAAAUCAGCUACGACCAACGAGGACCUGGCGACAGUGGUAGACAGUGAGACAGUUCUAUCAAUGAGAAAACGAGCCAUAUCUUUCCUGAAUGAGCACAUCUUGCCAUCCCUAUUCGAAUCCCCUGAAACGGAUACAAACAUUGCAGUUGUUUCCCAUGGUGGUUUUCUGCGCGUCUUCUGGAAUCGUCUGGUCGAACUCUUUGAUCCUAUGAAUAUUUCUCUCGCCACAGGUAUUGAAUCCUCGGAUUCUGGACCCGCGGCUUUUAUUUUGCCAAGCUGGUCUAAUACUGGGGUUAUGGAAUUAUCGAUUCAACCGGGUCAAGGGAAGGUGGGAGACACACAACCUGAUCCUGAAGUCCUCUUGAACGGAUGGAUUAUGAAAAUCAUCGCGGUGGACAGCAAAGAACAUCUCACCGGUCUUCAUCGAACCCGUGGUGGAAUUGGUAGUGCUACACAUGACCCCCGUCAGAAAGUACUCGAUCAGUUUUUCAAGAAGUGA